ACAAGCAGGUAUGUGAUUAGGAUAGCGKCAGGAGUGUACAGGGAAAACGUGGAUAUUCCAAGUAGUAAAAGAAACUUGAUGUUUCUGGGUUCCGGAAGAACUUCCACCAUAAUCACCGGAAGCAGAAGCGUUGUUGGCGGCAGCACCACCUUCAAUUCUGCAACUGUCGCGGCUGUGGGGACUGGAUUUCUGGCACGGGAUAUAACGUUCCAAAACACGGCAGGGCCUUCCGGGCAGCAAGCCGUGGCACUACGAGUCGGAUCAGACCUUUCUGCAUUCUACCGAUGCGACAUGAUAGCAUACCAAGACACCCUUUACGUGCACUCAAAUCGUCAGUUUUACAUCAACUGUUACAUAGCGGGGACGGUUGACUUCAUCUUCGGCAAUGCUGCAGCGGUGUUGCAAGAUUGUGACAUCCAGGCUCGUCGUCCCAACCCCAACCAAAGGAACAUGGUGACGGCUCAAGGCCGAAGCGACCCAAACCAAAAUACAGGGAUUGUGAUUCAAAGAUCAAGGAUAGGAGGUACGUCUGAUCUUGUAGCGGUGCAAGGAAGCUUUCCGACAUACCUAGGGAGGCCAUGGAGGGAAUACUCGAGAACAGUGGUGAUGCAGUCAACGAUAAGCAAUGUGAUAAACCCGGCAGGAUGGUAUCCUUGGAACGGGGAGUUUGCACUUGCUACUUUGUAUUAUGGAGAGUAUGAAAACACAGGGGCAGGGGCAGAUACAUCGAAUAGAGUGAGGUGGGGAGGGUAUAGGGUGAUAACAAGUGCUACGGAAGCUCAAGGUUUUACAGCAGAGAACUUUAUCGGUGGUGGGAAUUGGUUAGCUGGGACGGGCUUCCCUUUCUCUCUGGGAUUAUGAUCAUGAAUAUCAUCAUGUAUCAUGUUUGAACGAUGAAUUGAAUAAACCACAACCACCUACUCUACUCUCUUGGUCUUAUUA